AUGAAGCCUGAAGAUGGAGAGCCCUUAUAUCUUUACAUGGUAGUAUCUUCAACUUUAGUAAGUUCAGUGCUAGUAAAGGAAAUAGAAGGUCAGCAAAAUCCUAUUUACUACAUAAGAAAAAGUUUAAUUGAUGCUGAAACCAGGUACUCUCAUCUCGAAAAGCUUAUACUUGCAUUGGUAAUGGCAUCUACUAAGCUUAGGCAUUUCUUUGAAACGCAUGCUAUACAUGUUAGGACUAACUACCCUAUAAAAUGUGUCCUAAGAAAACCUGAAGUAUCUGGUAGGAUGGCUAAGUGGUCCGUUAAAUUAAGUGCUUUUAAUUUAAUCUAUGAACCUAGGACUGCUAUAAAAUCACAAGCCUUAGCAGACUUUGUGGCUGAUUUCAGUACCGAUUUGCAAUCUGAUGUAGACUUAGAAGUCAAAAUGCUAGAAGAAUCCACUGAAAAAUGGACUUUACAUACUGAUGGUGCAUCUAAUGUUCAAGGAAUAGGAUUAGGCAUCGUACUAAAAUCGCCACAGGGGGAUAUCAUACCCCAGGCAGUUAAUUGUCAUUUUAUAGCUACCAAUAAUGAAGCAGAAUACGAGGCUUUAAUUUCUGGCAUGCAAUUGGCUAAAGAUAUGAACAUUAGAAAUCUUAAAGUAUAUGUAGAUUCAUUGCUUCUAGCUAAUCAUUUUAAUGGAACAUAUGCUGCGAAGGAAAAUUUUGAUUUGUUUGACAUAGAGCAAGCUCCUAGAGAGGAAAAUACUGAAGCUGACGCUUUAGCUAAUUUAGGAUCAACACUUAAGAUGUCACUAGGAACUAAAAUUCCUAUAGUUCACAUUUUGCAACCUGCUAUAGGAACAAAAUCAGCAAAGAUAUUGGCUAUUGAAGGUACAAAAAUAGACCAACCUGAAAACAAUCGAAAUUCAUGGACUACACCCAUAAUAGAAUAUUUAAAUACUGGGACAAUUCCUAAGGAUGAACACCCAAAGAAUUUUCGCAUGAAAAGUACACAUUAUUCUAUGAUAAAUGGUACUUUGUAUAGAAGAUCACUUGCAGGUUCAUAUCUUAGGUGUUUGGAAUAUCCUGAGACUACUGAGGUACUCAAAGAUAUCCAUGAAAGUGAAUGUGGAAACCAUACAGCAGGAAGAUCUUUGUACUCCAAGAUCUUGAGAACAGGUUAUAAUUGGCCGACCAUGAAACAAGACGCUGAAGAAUACUCAAAGAAAUAUGAUGCAUGCCAAUGA